AAUCCAAACACCAAACGAUAGUAAUAGGUGCUCGAGGGGAGCCGAAGCACUCCCUCUCCCAAAUCUGCAUCCCCCCUACGGCAACUGCGACCGCGCUGAAUUUUGCUCCAGUAUCAUGUACACAGCCUCUGACUCUCCUUCUAAACCUAUCGAGACAUUUGUUUUUAUGGACCUAGAAGCAACAGGUCUGCCACCCUCACAGCCUAAAAUUGCAGAAAUGUGCCUGUUUGCUGUGAAUAGGCAUGCUUUUGAGAAUCCUCAGUACAGCAAUUCUUCUUCCAGACCAGUUCCACUGUUCCCUCGUUUAGUAGAUAAACUCUGCAUCUGUAUUAAUCCAGACAAGCCCUUUACGCCAGCGGCAAGUACCAUUACAGGACUGAAUAAUGAAGCUUUUGCUUGGAACAAAAAACAAAGCUUUAACAUACACAUUAUGCACAUGAUUGUGGCCUUUUUCAGUCGGCAGUACCCGCCAAUCUGUUUGGUAGCACACAGCGGCUGUAACUAUGAUUUUCCUCUGUUGAAAGCUGAAUUAUCUGUACUGGGUAUCUCAGCUCUUGAUGACAUCUAUUGUGCAGAUACCAUUAAAGCCAUGAAAGCACUGGACAAAGAAAAUAACCAGCUCCACCAGUUCACAUACCGACCUAUUCCAUUUGGCAGCAAGAAAAAUUACAAGCUUCAUGACUUAUACUUUAAGUUCUACAAAGUAUAUCCUUCGAACAGUCACAGUGCAGAAGGAGAUGUCAUUACUCUUAUAAGAGUCUUUCAACAACGUGCCAGAGACCUUAUGCUCUGGAUGGAUUUCAAUGCAAGGAGGUUUAAUACCAUUAGAGCAAUGUGCAAAGGAAAUGAGAGAUGUACUUCCAUUUUCAAAACACCUUGGAAUCCUCGGCAUGCUAGUUUUUUACAGGUGCAGCCACCUCGACAGAGGCUAGUGACGGCUUAUUUUUUUCCAGUAGGUGACGACGACCCAUCCUUAAGAGAGAACAUGGCUGAGCAAGGGUGUGACCAAUGCAGAGCACUCACCAACACUGAUAUUCCUGAUGAAAUUAAGAUGAUGUUGCUGUUCCUUCUUGGGUUAGCAAUACUCACAUGGAUUGCUCUCAGAAAUCCUGCAUAAAUUCAAAAUAUACGUUGGUUUUUCCAUAAAGUUAAGUCACAGACGUUGCAAAAUGAUAUUUUUCUGUUGCUAUUCCUAUCACGUGUUCUUUUAAAACACUGGGCUUUAAUUUACCUUUAUAUAUUCUUAUAAUUGAUGUUAUUAGUCUUAUAGCUAUAGUUUUUUUAAAAACUGGGGUUUUAAAUGUGUUUUUUUGUUUUAUUUUUCUUAUACCGGGUACAAUAGAAAAGAGGAGUGUAAACCAUAACAAUAAUGUAAAUACACACACACACACACACACACACACACAGUUAAGGGAGUAUGAGGAGAGAGUGUAUUGGCAUGUUGGGGUUAUUUGUGGGAGAAGGCCAGUACUUCAUGAGAAAAAGAAAAUAUGAAUGGUGAAGGACAGCCACCUGCUCCCAGUAACUCAGAUUCUAAAGAAAAGUAUUAUUUACGAUGAGAUAAUUUUGUAAGCUUCCAGCUUACACUCCCAAGACUAGCCAGCCAAGCUUGAGGCCUUACUCCAGAGGAGACUAGACAUGGCCUACCUGCAGAGUGCAGGACAGUAUCAGGCGAAAGUUAUACCUUGUGGGUCCUCAACCUUACUGAGCUUCCUGGUACUUUCAGAAUUUUGGUAGAGUAGUGGGCACCACCAGAAAAUAGCUGUCAAAGACAAUGUCUGAGGCUCUUCUGAAGGACUUCCUACAUAAAAGUAGAGGAAUGCUAGACCUGAUCCUUUGCUUCUGAGAACUGAUGCUAUUUGGUUUUAGUUUCCCAAAAAACUGUUUGCAUCCUGUAGCACCACAGAGAGAGGGUUCUUCUAAGCCUGGAAACAUCGGUGGUUCUGUCUCUGUGGUACACUGCUGUAGUGCGUUUGUCAGGGACAAGCAUGGCAUUUGCUAGUUAACCAACUGGCAAGGAGUGACACAAAACUAGUACUUUAUGUUCAUCUCAGACCAACUAGAUUUUAUCCCCAAGUCUCAGGCAGCAAGUAGGUGCCAGGAAACACACUGGUGAGCACAAUGCUGCCCUUAUGUCACUGGUGUACUAAAUGAGUUAAAUGAGAACAUUUCCUGGCAAAUGCUCACACAGAACUGAGAAAAGCCCAGGUAGCUCACUCUGCUUAAGUGCAUAUACAAGAAAGACACUAAAAGGAAGGUCAAUUAAGAUAUUGUAAUUGUUUAUUCAUAAACAAUUUAAAUGAAAAAUGUUUGUGAUUAUGAAAUAUGUAGUAUAUGUUAAUGUUAGGACAGUUAUCCAGAUACCAAAUAUUUAUUAUGAAUUGCACUCUACAUGCUCUGUGACAUUGUCCUGUGUUUUAUUCAGAAGUUUUAUUGACUUUUGAGAUGUACUAAUUAUGAUUAUAUAUUUUGUUUUAAUUGAUAGAUUCCCCCUGACGAAGUUGUAAAUUCUUCCCAUUGCACCAAUUGCCCUUUUUUCGUUUUGCCUUGGCGUGGCCCCUCUUCUUCAUAAACUUUAAAAAAGUGGCCAGAGAUGGAAGUAACUGACUACCAAAUCUAGUUUGCAAAGCGUUUCUAGCCAUGAAACAGCAAGAAACAGCAGCUCAUGACACAUUCUUCCACUAUUAGGUUCUACCGUAUUAUCCUGUUUCAAAUAGCUACUAGUACAAUAUGCACACAGCAUUUUACUUUCUGAUGAUGCCCUCUGAUGAUCCUCUGCUAGUCAGAUUUCAUGUUACCAACUGUAGCAUAGUAAACUUGUUUAGAGGGCACCAAAUCAGUGUUUCCAUUGCAGUAGACAUGUUUUGUAACCUUGCAGCAGCCUUUGUAGAAGGAAGAAUAUAGACAACUUUUCAAUGCUCUAUACCAUGUUUGUACUAAAAGAGAACAUUCUCCAAGGUCUUCAACUUUUGGCGAAGACAAAAAGACCACCAAUUCAAGAAGUCACAUUUAAAUUCCAUUUAAGUUUGUGGGGCUAAGUGAUCAUAAUUGUAACAAUUUCAAAGGGAUUUUAAGUGCAACUAAUUUUAUUUGUUUUACAGCUACUGUCUUAAGGAGUUGGGUGCCAUAUUUUCAAAUUUUAUAAUAAAAGAUGAUUUAAAACAAGUGUA